AGAAUUAUUAUCCUAUCCUUUACUACUAGAUAUCCAUCCAAUAUCAUAUCCUUAUCUGAGACUGACUGAGACUGAGAGGAGACUCUGUCACUGCCGUGCCUCAUUCAAAUGUUCAAUUUUUGGGUGAAAACUUAAAGUUGUGAACUCUGCAGCUCCUUCUCCGGUGGAGCACUGCCGUCGCAUCUACUUUAAUUCAUUCCAUGGGACGAAGAGCUUCUCUUCUCCUCCUUCAAUGCAUUGUGUUAACCUGGGUCGGUCCAAGAAUAUCUCAUUUCAUUUACUUCUCAAUUCUCUCUCAACUUCAAGGAUGAGAUUGUGAAUUUCAUUCUUAGGCUGGAGUUAGAGGUUAAUCAAUGGUUCAGCUUUGAGGCCAUGCCAUUUCCCUUCUAUUAGUGUAUGCUCUACCACUCUUUUGUAGUUCUUUUCGGUGUUUAUUUACUUAAAAGUAGGUGGAGAAAUGGGGUAUACAAUUACCCAACAUAGUUUUAUGAUUGGUGGUCAUAGUCUUCAUAGAUUUUCCAAACAAGAUGGUCUGUGUUGUGGCACUGGCCGCAGCUCUAGUAUUAAAGAAUGUGCAGUUUACAUAAAUUGCUUCAGCUCAAGUAGAGACUUCAGCAGAAAACCAUUUAGGUCUCCUAAGGUUUCUAUUGAAACAACAAGAGGAGGAGGACCCCUUUUGCACCGUUAUGGAUAUAAAGAAAUUCAUCUUUUGAAAGUUCUUAAUAGAGCUUGCAGAGCAGGGAAGUACAAGGAGGCCCUUUACUUUCUCCAAUUAAUGGUUACUAAGGGUUUUAAGCCUGAUGUUAUCCUUUGUACAAAAGUGAUGAGAGGGUUCUUCAGUUCUAGGGAUGUUCAGAAUGCUGUCCGGGUUAUGGAGAUUUUGGAAAAACAUGGGGAGCCUGAUUUGUUUUCUUAUAAUGCCAUGAUCAGCGGGUUUUGUAAGGCGAAUAGGAUUGAAUUAGCCAAUAGAGUGCUUGACAGAAUGCGGGCUCAAGGCUUUUCUCCUGAUACUAUUACUUACAAUAUAAUGAUUGGGAGUCUAUGUAGUAGGGGGAGGCUUGAGUUGGCGUUUAAUGUUUUGGAUGAGUUGUUGAAAGAUAAAUGUGCCCCUUCUGUGAUCACUUACACCAUUUUAAUUGAGGCAACCAUUAGUGAAGGUGGUAUUGACAAAGCUAUGGAGCUUUUGGAUGAGAUGUUGUCAAGAGGGCUUCUUCCUGAUAUGUGUACUUUUAAUGCUAUAAUCAGGGGAAUGUGCAGAGAAGGAAUGGUGGAUAGAGCUUUUGAGUUUGUUAGGAGCUUAGAAGCCAAGGGUUGUAGUCCAGAUGUGAUAUCUUAUAACAUCUUGUUAAGGGCACUCUUGAAUCAUGGGAAAUGGAAUGAUGGAGAGAAGUUAUUGAGUGAUAUGGUUUCAAGAGGAUGCGAGCCAAAUGUGGUGACUUACAGCAUUUUGAUUAGCACACUUUGUAAAGAUGGGAAGGUUGAAGAUGCCGUGAAUGUACUCAAGGCUAUGAAGGAAAAGGGGAUAACCCCAGAUGCUUAUAGUUAUGAUCCAUUGAUAUCUGCUUUCUGCAAAGAUGGAAGGUUAGAUUUGGCAAUAGAAUUCAUGGACUACAUGAUCUCUGAUGGUAGCUUGCCGGAUAUAGUAAACUACAACACAAUCUUGUCCGCAUUCUGUAAAAAUGGGAACCCUGAGCAGGCUUUAGACAUCUUUCACAAGCUUGGGGAAGUGGGGUGUCCUCCAAAUGUCAGCUCAUACAACACAAUGUUCAGUGCUUUGUGGAACUGUGGGGAAAGAAUUAAGGCUUUGGAGAUGAUAUCAGAGAUGGUUAGCAAAGGGAUUGAUCCUGAUGAAAUCACUUAUAACUCACUCAUAUCUUGCUUGUGCAGAGAUGGGUUGGUAAAUGAGGCAAUUGGACUGUUAUUAGACAUGGACAGUGGUGGUUUCCGGCCAUCUGUUAUCAGUUAUAAUAUUGUUCUUCUUGGAUUGUGCAAAGCACGUAGAAUUGAUGAUGCCAUCGAGUUUUUCACAACAAUGGUUGGGAAAGGGUGCCAGCCAAAUGAAACAACUUUGAUUCUCUUAGUUGAAGGAAUCGGAUUCUCAGGGUGGCGAGUUGAAGCCAUGGGGCUCGCCAACUCCCUUCUCAAGCUAGAAGCAAUAUCAGAACAUUCCUUUAAACGUUUGAAUAAGAUCUUUCCUAUGCUUGAUGUUUAUAAAGAACUUACUUUGUCAGAAAUUAAGAAUUAGUUUAGAAUGAAGAUUACAUUUCACUAUUUA